UGUAUUUGCUGUUCAUGCAAUUGAGUUACCCGUUAUUUUAAAUAACCCAGUGCAAUCAUCGAAUUUAAUUUAAAUUGUACAGGUGAAACAUCGACAUAUGUGACGAUAUUUAUUGAUAUUCAUCAUGGAUUUUAGACUUCGAAACGUGAUCAUCCUGCUGGAACUGCUUGUGAUUGUCGAGGUCUGCUCGCAAGCGUUCAACAGCGGUUACAGAAGUUACAGCAGCACAAGAAGGUACGGAAGUUACGUUCCCUACAGCGGUUACAGAAGUGACGUUCUCUACAGAAAUCCUAAAAUUCGUUCAAGCGCCGAUUACACCAGCAAAGGGGGAUUCAUCGCCGGCAUGGUGGUCCUGGGGAUAGGUUGUUCCGCCGCCAUUGUAAUCAUCAUUCUUUGCUUACUGAAGAAAAGAGGCAUCAUUUGCUCUUCCUCUAACAGGCCCACAACCCCCAGCUCAACAGUGGACACAUUGAACAAAGGAUUCAUUUAUAGCAACAACUUUACCAUGGGGUACGUCAACUCGCCUCCACCUCAGACACACUCAGAUAUGUAUCCCCCGUCGUCAUACUCAAACGGAAAUGCCUACGAGCCAGAGCCCGACUACCAAUGACUGUGUACCAGUGAGUGCCCAAAACAGACAUUGUCGGAAGCUAGAGCUGCAACGAUUCUGUCAAUGCAUCAUCACAACAGAUGAUAACAUUUAAAGUUAUAAUUACGCAAAACCACAAUGUAAAUGAUUGAAUCAUUUAAAAUACACUUUCGUAAUAUAUAGAUUAUAAAUACGUAGUAAGAAAUUAUCGCAUAAUAACAAUGUGAUCGAAUGUGUAAGUAGUGUGAAUUUUCUAAAACGUGUUAUUGUAAAUUACAUAAUUUAUGUUUAAAUCAUAUCAACUCCGUUUGAUAAACAAUCAUGUUUGAUAUAAUUUCAUAAGUUUAAAAAUUAUGGUUUAUUAUAGAUAUGUAGAAGCUGUUUUCUUCUAUGUAAUUUUCUAUGAUUUUAUGUUUGUGUGAUAUUUUCUUUGAAAAUAGCAAACUUUUUCUUUCAA